GACUUUUUGUCCAGUGAACAAUUUUUAUAUUCAUUGUUAUACAAAAAGAGCAAUAAGUACUUACUUUCGUUUCUAGACGAAGACAAUGGUGAAACUAUAGCCUGAAGCCUUACUGUCUCAAUAGAAACUUAAAAGUGAUCUAAGAGAAAAACCCUAUGUUUGGCAUUUCUUAUCAAGAGCAGCUGUAAAUUCACCUCAAUGGAAUUGCUAUAACAUGAAUUAAAUGCAGGGGCGUUGAAGGUAACCAUGUGACAGCGAAAUGUAUAUUGCAUUUUAUCUGCAAAGAGUCAACCAGUAGAAAUAGCAGGAAGUAAUUUGAUGAUGUGCAUAAUCGUUUAAACUUUUAUUGGCUGAAAUAGUUAGCCCGCAACUGAAACGAGCGUUUUAUGGCAUUUUUUAAUAAUCUGACCUCCACGAGGUCUGAUCGCUUAUUUUGCCUGCAUCCCGUUUUUAAUUGCUUUUAGGCUACUUUAAAUACUUUAAUGUAUUUGUUGCUUCUCAAAAUGUAGCAGUAUGGAAAAUUGGAAGUAAUUAAUUGCAUCAAUAUCCUUCUAAUUUGGACGUCAUGCGUUAUUGUUAAAUGAAGUUGAAUUAUCUAAUGAUUAUUAUCCAAUUAUUCAUUAAUGGUGUUAAUUGGCCCUUUAAAGAUAUGCUUGGAUUGUGACAUGAAGCUCAAUUGUUAAGUGAUAGGGAGAGCCUUGCAGCAAUUUUUUGCAUCUAAAGAAAGAGUUGCACGAUUGCUUUUUGUUUGAGAAUCUUGGUUCUAGUCCACUGACAUCCAAACCACAGAAUAGGAAUUAGGCACAACUCCUGCCUAUCAGGAGAAGCCUGAAAAAACUAGCGUAUGCGUUAACUUAUACGAGGCUUAGCAUGUAUCUAUCGGGGAAAUUUUAAAAAAGAAUGAAAGUAGACAACUUUAUUUGAGACGAAAUGCCCCAUGAUAGUGAACAAAUUCAAUUAUGUAUCAUAAUUCGUUUAUAUCUGAUUAAUGAAUUAUAAUUUGUCAUGGCUAAGUUCGUCUAAUGAAAUCAAGGUUAAAGGUGAAUUUAAGGGCCUCUCCAGUUUUCUAAAGAAACUAUUUAUUCUGUUAUCGAGGAAUUGCAAAUCAUGUGUGUAAUACUGUAUUUUGUAACAAGUACACUAGAGUUUCUGUCCACAGGUGACAAGUUGCCGAUUUUGCUUUUCCGCGACACACAGGUUUAGUCUGUUUUCUUCUACCUUACUUGGACAAACAUUGCUUUUUCUAAAUCCCUAAUAAAUCACGUCAAAGUUGAACAUGCCCUUUUAUUGGAAUUGUGAAUAUGUCUUCUCCUCUGCAAAAUUAAAGCCACGAAGCCCCUAAAUGGAAGCCAGUUACUCGCUAAUCGCCUGUCAUUAAGGGUCUAUAUUCAGGCCACAAUGAAAUUUAUAAGCCGACAAAGUCUAACAGUAAGCAUUGCUAGCAAUGGGAAAUAAUUCACUCUCAUAUUAAUUCAAAUUAAUUGAGGAGCUAGUUGAUGAGAUUGCUGUAAGAAAAUAUAUGAUUAGAGUUGUGCAUCAUUUUCGCUUGAAAUAAGUAUGAAACAUCACUCAAAACUUAGACUAUCAGUAGAACGUUGAAAAGAUGCCCAUUUAUGUGCUAGUGCAUCUUUUGUCUAGGGCAAAUCUUGAAAUGGAAGGCAACAGGACCGGGAGAGCAAGAGUGCUUUAACAAACAAUUUCCCAUACAACAGUGGUGGGACACGAAAAUACUAACUUUGAUAACCUAAGAAUGGGGGACUCGACCCUUCGCGAGCCCCCUAGCUCCACAUUGUCAGAGAACACAGGGGUGAAAAAGGUUGUUCAUAGAAUUCAAUCGAUGUUUAUGUUUUUUUGGAGAGGCAGGAACCCUGCUAAGAAUGAUGGUAUCUACUGCCCAGAACGACAAAGAAAUCACGAUAAUAGAUGCAUUUCUCUAUGCAAUGAAAAGAUACACACCUACUACCUAUUACGUUGCCUAUAACCAUUUCUGUUCAGUCAAAUGGAACCCCCUCCCUAGAUUAAUGUACGUUACGUAUGACUUGUGAAAUAAACAAAUGAUGUAAGCAUUAUUGUGUUAAAUUGAAUUGUAAUUCUAAUGGUCUUUUUAUAGCAAGUAAUUAAGAAGUAAUAGAGUGUGUUUUGCACUGUAAUAUGUACGCUGCACGAAAUGAGAACAGGCCAGUCACCACUUGCACUGUCAGACCACAGAUGAAAAUGAAGCAGUCCGUGGGUUUUACACUACUGGUGUUAGCAGCAGUGGCCAUUUGGAAGAAUGAAGCUACAUAUAGCAAAAUGCCUUCCGUUGGCUACACAGCUUGGAGAAUCAGAAGAACGUUCCUUUCAUACGGAGGAAAAUUGAGCUAUGGCAAGCAUUUUUCAAGCUUGAAGAAAGUUGAUUUGUUGUUCGUUUUGGAUCGAUCCGGAAGCAUCGGGCAGAAUAACUUCAAAUAUGCGCUAGACUUUAUUGCAAGCCUCGUCAAGCAUUUCAGCAUUUCUCCAUCGACAACAAGAGUGGCGCUUAUUUCAUACGCAACAACAGUCAAAGUUGAAUUCAACUUCAAAGAACAUUUGAACAAAGAGUGUCUAUUGAAGGCACUAAAAGACGUACAAUACACCGGUGGAGCAACGGCAACUGGAAAUGCAUUGCAGAAGGGCAUCGAACUUUACCAAGAUCCAAACUCGGGAGCUAGGCCGAACGCCAAGAGAAUUGUCUUCGUGAUUACCGAUGGCAACACGAAUGUAGGCGUGAAACCGAAGAUCCCUGCCGACCAAUUACGAGCUGCCCCAUUAAAAGCGAAGGUGUUCGCCCUUGGCAUCGGCACCAGCGUGAAUGAAGCCGAACUCGUUGAUAUUGCGGGUUCCUCUAGUCAUGUAUUUAGAGCUAAGAAUUACCAAAUUCUAAAGAAGAUUGCUCACUAUUUGGGAGGCUGGUCUUUCCACUCAUGCUAUGGAUGCGGUAUUCGUUAUGACGAAUGUGGAAGAAAAUGUGAAUGCAAAUAUGGCAAGCUAGUCAACUGCUGUCGAGUGCGAAAGGAUUUUACUUCGAUGUCAAACACAGAGAGACGGCGAUACAUUGCGGCUAUCAAACUUGUUUCAACCACUCAGCCAUACAAGGCAAGAUACGACACUCUCAUCGGCAUUCACAGACAAAAUUUCUUCAUUCGCAUCCACACAGUAGACGAGUUUCUUCCAUGGCACAGAUGGUACAUCUGGGAACUUGAGAACCUGCUUAGAGAAGUCGACUGUCGUGUUACUGUUCCUUAUUGGGACUGGAGUCUUUGGGCGCAUGAUCCAUGGAGUCCAAACCUGCCCUCGCUUUGGCAUGCAUCAAACCGAGGAUUUGGCGGUAAUGGUUCUCCUCCUGGUGGCUGCGUCAACACUGGUCCAUUCAGGCAAGCCGUUUGGUCGACCACCACUGGCGUAUGCUUGAGAAGAAAUUUCAACGGAAUGGUACCUGAUGCCGCUCAAGUGCAGUUUGCUUUGAACAUCAACAAUUUCAAUUCAUUUGAGUCAUUCCUGAGGAUUAAUCUCCAUAAUCUUGUUCAUUGCUUGAUAGACGGCACGAUGUGUACCAUUGACUCGGCAAAUGCACCAGAGUUUUUUAUGCACCAUGGUUUCAUUGACAAAAUCUGGUAUGACUGGCAGAAAAAGAGUGCAGUUAACAAAUACGCUCAUUUCCUCAACAUCAACCAGAAGCUACAGGCGUCGCCAUAUUAUCCUCGUGACUUCAUCGAUAUUGCCGACCAACCAAAAUGCGUUAAAGUUUGUUAUGCUGAGCCACGCAUCCACAAGGCCAAGAUAGUGAGACAAUAUUUGUCUGGUUUGACUAAAAGACAGGUAGUUGGCUUGCGCAGACUGCCAUUCUCAAAACUCUCUGACAAAGUUUUGGAUGCAUUCCAUGUUCCUAUGGCUGAGCGAAAGACUGCUUACAAAAUGGAGAAACAAUCUUGGAUGGGAAUCAGUCACACGCAGGCGAGAAAGUACAUCAAGACGUUGAAAGGUGUCGAGCGUAUCUUGGGUUUCAAACUUCCAAAACAAAGUGCCUAAAUGGUUCAAACGACGAAACCAAUUCACCAUGGUUCAUGUAUUCUUUCAAACUCAGCGUAACGAGACAUACUUAAUUGUAGGAUUACCUUGCAUGAAACAAUUACAUCAUUUAAUUUUAUUUAAUUUAUUUAAUAAUUUGUCUAUAACCCACCAUCUUCA